UCCAAAAUCUACUCUCUCUGCAGCUAAUUCAUCAUUUCCUGACAAAUUCUUCCCAUACUUGCAGGAUUUUAUGUAAUCAACGUCCGGCGCCUUCUUAUCUGUGCAUAUUGCUUCUGUUGGAGAGUCAUCAUCAUGGAAAAACUCGUGAUUCACAAACUCCUGAACUUGUUUCUUCCUCCCAUCAUUUUCAUCUUUCUUUGUAUCGCCACGCCUCCUUAUUACCUGUUCAAGUUGAUCAACCAAAUCCUAAUCAAACCUCUUUUCUUUGUGGAAGACAUGAGGGGGAAAGUCGUUUUAGUUACCGGUGCUUCAUCCGGCAUAGGCGAGCAAAUUGUCUAUGAAUAUGCAAGACGGCAAGCUCGCCUAGUCAUUGUUGCAAGAAGAAAAAAUCUUUUAGACGAAGUUGCAAAGAAGGCCCGUGGAUUUGGCUCCCCGGAUGUUCUAGUGGUGUGCGCAGAUGUUACUAAAGUUGAGGACUGUGAACGAUUUAUCCAUGAUGCUAUAAACUACUUCGGACGUUUGGAUCAUCUAGUGAAUAAUGCCGGAAUCUCUAGUACGAGCCCAUUUAAAGAAGCCAAAAACAUUCCCAAAUUCGCACCUAUUAUGGAUGUUAACUUUUGGGGGUCAACUUAUACAACCCAUUUUGCAAUUCCACAUCUUAAAAAGAGCAAAGGCAGAAUCAUCGUUAUUGCUUCAGUCCUUGGAUGGUUUCCAGGGCCAAGACUUAGCUUAUACGCCGCUAGUAAAGCUGCGCUGAUAAGCUUUUACGAUACACUCAGAGUUGAAUUGCAACCUGAUGGGGUAAAAAUAACUGUAGUAUCUCCAGGGGUGACCGAUUCAGAGAUGACCCAAGGCAAGGGCUUAAGCAAGGAAGGGGCUCUGCAAGUUGAUAAAGAACUAUCAGAUGGUAUGAUCGAGAGAUUCUUGUUAGGCGUCAUACCAGUUAUUAGUGCAGAAAUAUGUGCAAAGAUGACUGUGAAUGGUGCAUGCAGAGGAGAUAGAUCGAUAACGGAACCAGCUUAUUACGGAGCUUUGCAUUUGCUCAAUGUGUUUUUCCCUGAUCUUGUACAAUGUAUUCUUGCUUGGAUGAACUCUCACGAACCUACAACUGCUAGGAACUAGUAUUAUUGCUAGUGAACUGCAACUGAGCAGCAGAAUCUCAAAAUUACAAAAUAUUUCUACCUUCAUUUUAGGAAAAGUGAUAUUUUCACUUUGCAGUUUUUGUCUGUGUCGCUCAAAUAUGGUUGAUGAUAUCCGGUAAAAUCUUUAAUGCUUCUAGCUGAUCUGUCCCAUGUUUGAGACUUGGAGGGGUGCUUUAUUUUAGAUUUUUAUUCGAAGGAGUGAAAAUGAGACAUGAGAGGAGCAAAAAAUGUACUUGAAUUCCAACUCAAGACAUUCUUGUUUCUUUAUUGUUGACAAGCUUGAAUGAAAGUUGCAGUUUCUGCAUUUUGACGA